AUGUUGGAGGCGAACGUCAACGAUGUACAAAGUAAAAGUAUCAAAUCUACUUUAACGUAUCAGAAAAUGUGUAUUUUAUUUAAUAAAUUACCAAGAAAUCGAAUUGAACAAGAUUCUAUUUUUUCAUCAAUCUAUACACGUCAAUAUUCAACGUUUGGCACAUCAAAUACGAUUAAUGAAACAUCUUAUAGACGUAUGUUGAAAACAAGCCAGUAUCAAUAUAAAAAACAAAUGUCAACACCUACUCGAUUAACUUGUGGUUCUACAUAUUUUUUGGGCAAUUAUGUCAUUACAACUGUCCCAUAUUUACAACUUUAUGCUAUUUCAACCAAGAUAACGGACAAAAACAGAUGUUUAUCAUCCCCAUCAACAAAUAACAUUUCUAACAGCCUAGUAUUCAUUGGAAAAGAUGAACAAUGCCGAUGUAAAUUAGAGUUGAGUGCCCGAGUGGAAUAUUGUGACAUUGACCAAACCUCAUCGAAAAGUAAUUUAGUACGAGAUGGUUUCAUUUUAGUAACGAAAGAUGCCAAAUUACUACUAUAUUCACUGAAUUUGGAGAAACGUUCGAAUAAUAUUAUUCAUUUGAAAUGUUCACCCUAUACAUUCACUUUUCGCGAUAACGCUUUUAUCCAUUGUGAUGAAAAACAUUUACUCAUAUUUCAUUGUCUUAUUAAACAAGUGACUAACACCGAACGUCAUCUAUUUUAUGUCCUAAAAACCUAUCCUAUGUGGUUAAGUUAUGCAUUCGUCAUUACAAAUAACAUAUUUAAUGAUCCUGUUCUUGGUAAAAUAACAAAUGUUUCAUUGACAACCGAAUUUCUUAUUGUUCAAUAUAAACGAAAAAUAUGUCAACUAUAUUCGUUAAAUGAAAUAUUAGAUAAAUUUACUCUAAAAUCAAGUUGUAUUGGACGGCCAUAUACAGAUUCACCAUUGUCUAUUGUCGGUUCAGAAAAAUAUGGUUUACCAUUAAACGUUGAAAUAACUUCAAAACCAACUAUGUUUUAUCAAUAUUAUUCAGAUAGAACUGAAUUUGAGUAUUGCCAUUCAUACCACUUUUUAACAUUAUUCGUUGUUAAUAAAACAUUCGUAAAUGAUUGUUAUUGUUUAUAUAAAAUUGAUAAAGAUUGUACAAUACCGACAAAUGGUUUAUUAAAACGAUCACUGUCAGAUAACAUGUGUUGUUUUCUUGAUACAAUUGAGGACGAUAUUAUUGAUAUUCGAGAAUGGAAUAUAAUUGUUUGGCGAAUAAAAGAGACUGAACAAGGAUAUGGUGUGUAUAAAUUAUAUACAAUUGAUGAUGAAACAACAUUACAACAGACAUCUCAACCAACAAUCACCCGAUUUGGACGAACGAUAAAACAUCGUGAAAAUGAAUAUAAUCAAUUAAAUGAGAAUCAACCGUUGAUACGUAGUUAUACUUUUGAUACGAUUGCUGAUAUACUUUGUGUGGUGUUUGAAUACGAUACAACAAUAGCUCUAAUUAAAUUGAUUGAACACCCAACGGGCAAAUGUUUACAAACAAUCAAAUAUCAAAAACAAUUAUCAACAAAUAGUUUAGUAAUAUCAAUGUAUCAUGAUCUAUUAGCAAUUCAAGAGAAAACUACUAAGCAUAUCUAUUUAAAUGUCUUCACAAUAUAUGAAAUAACGAGUAAAUACGAAGAACAAUUACAAGAGUUUGAAGCUCUCAGUUGUAUUUAUCCAGAGAAAAUUGAAGUCAUCUAUGAAAAUCCAUAUCCGAGGUUAAAAUUGUACAUCAAAUUGACACAUGAUACCAAUGGCAAUUCACACAAAUAUGGUGAAGUCGUAGAAGUGGACGAAUCAUUAUUUCAAAAUUUAAUUGAUCUCGAUUUAGAGGAUGAAACGUCUAUAAGUGGAAACGCUACCAAUUUAUCCGACUGA